AUGGAAAGCGCCGCUGGUGGCAGCGGCAACAGUAGUAGCCUAAGAACAUUGAUGUUCAAUGAUAAAAUUGAUACUCCUAACCUCGGAGACUUCCUCAGAGUCAAAGAAAACAACAACAAUACUACAGCAGGUCUUACGUUAGGCGCUGUGUUGAGCAACAAACCAGAAUGUUCUUCUUCUUCUUCCCCUGUCCAUUCCUCCAACAGAACUCUUCUUGAUAUCAUUCAAGAGGAUCCCAACAGCAGCAGAAAAACUCGAAAAACUUGGAAACAUUUCAGGAACAAACUCCGUCUUAAACGUGCUGCCGACACAUGGACUUCUAACAUUUCCAUUCAACAGGGUAAUAACAAUCCGAUAGUUAUGUCUCGGAGGUUGUCCCCUCGGUCACCUCCUCCCCUCGAUGAUGUUACUUACCAAGAGGACCUGCCCGUUGAAAAUUUCGGUCAGCGGGAGAUUUCGGCAUCUGGGUCACAAAGAAUAUUGCGAAGAAUUUCGAGCAGAAAUGAAACUGCAGAAGAGGAAGAAAGUGAAGGGGAAAAUGCUGGAGGAGAUGAACCGGUGAGGAUGUCAUUAAUGGCGUUAUUAGCAGAGAAUGAUGGAGAUGGGUCAGCUUAUAUGAUAGGAGAUGGAGACGAAGAAGAAGAUGAAGAGGAGGAAGAGGUUGAUGAUAAUGGAGUUCCCGGCGCCGGUGUCGGUGCCGGUGCGGUCGGAGAAUAUAACAACUGUUGUGUUUGUAUGGUGAGACAUAAGGGUGCUGCGUUUAUACCAUGUGGACAUACAUUUUGCAGGUUGUGUUGUAGGGAGCUUUGGGUUCAAAGGGGUAAUUGUCCUCUCUGCAACAAUUUGAUUUUGGAAGUUCUCGACAUUUUCUGA